AUGGCGCCGACAAAACCAAAAAAGAAGUCGACCAAAGACAAGGCAAGGGACAGACUCCGAGCCAAAGCCGCCGCCGCGCAAUCCUCAAAUGUCAACCCCAGAGAGCUUCUCGUGCAAGCCAUCGGCAUGCUCGAGGUCGGCGAUGCGGAGGGCGCCGCCAGAGUCGCCAGGACAGCGUAUGAUCACAUCGGAGACAACGGACGACAGGCUGGCGCCGCGCUGUCCCUUCUGGGUCAAAUACAUGUCGAGUUGGGAGAGGUUAACAGUGCUCGCCAGUUCUUCCUGUCUGCCGUCAAGGUGGAUGAAGAUGGUUCGCUUCCGGAAGAUUUGGGUGGCGGUGCCGAAAAGUUUCUUUGGCUUGCACAACUAAGUGAAGAAGGUGGUCAAGACAGCGUUGGCUGGUUCGAGCGUGGUGCGGCCGCACUGCGUGCCCAUAUUCAGACACUUACCGACGCACUAGAGUCACGGCCCCUUACCCGCGACGAACAGGAAACUGCCAUCAACGAGAAACGAAGAAAGCUGGCAGAUACACUCUGCGCCGUUGCCGAGGUCUACAUGACAGAUCUCAGCUGGGAGGACGAUGCUGAGAGUCGGUGCGAGGCGCUGAUUACCGAGGCUAUUAUGCUGGCCCCUGAACAGCCAGAUACCUGGCAAACUGUCGCAAACGUACGAAUCUCACAGUCACGAACCGAAGAAGCGAAAGAGGCCUUGAAAAGAAGCUUGGGACUGUGGACAGAUCUGCCGCCUGAAGACCCUGGGGUUCCUGCGUUUCCAUCACGUGUCAGUCUGGUUCGGUUGCUGAUAGAGGUUGGGCUGGAGGAGCAAGCGAUUGAAGUUGCCGGACGUCUUGUUGACGAGGACGAUCUCAGUGUGGAAGCCUGGUACCUUGGUGGCUAUGGGAAAUACAUGCUGGGCCAGAAGUUGAAGGAGGUGGGGCAGACUGGCGAUGCUGACAAGUGGAAAAGAGUGUGGCGUUCUUCGCGGAAAUGGCUUAUUCAGUGCAUGAGGAUUUUCGAGGCCGAGGAGUAUGAGGACGAAAGGUUAGGGGAACAUGCACGGGAAUUGAUGGGCGUUAUUAGAGACGAGCUUGGCGAGGCUUUGGGGGAUGAUCUGGAUGAGGAUGUUUGGGAAGACACCGAUGAUGAGGACGAUGUGGACACAGAUAUGCAAUAG